AUGGCUGCUGCAAAGCGCUUGGUUGCCGAUCCGAUGAUCGGUGUUUCAGAUGUUAUGGCAGCUUUCGAACGCUUCCUGGACGAUGUGGACCCAAAGAAGAUGAAUCUGUAUACCCUUGUGGCUCCUCCGGCUGGGGUUAGUUGGAAGUCUUCUGCCAGCCCAACCUGGCUGAUGGCUAUGGCUCCGCUGCUCAGAGAGCUUCUGGCAAUUGCCAAGAACGGGGUACUUCCAGGAAAGCGGACGCGGGCUGCGCUCGAGCAGCUCGACGAAAAGUUUGACCUGAACAAGAUGAAGGGCAAAAGCAGAGAUGAUUGGGCUGAUUUCAUAGAUGAUCGGCUGCGAAUGUGUUUGGCUCAUCUUCGUGGCCUCAAAGCCAGUGAGCUCGCGAAACAAAGAAUGUUCCGGAAAGCAGAUGCGCGUCAGCAGCAGAUCAUUUCAGAGUUGUUGGAUUCCUUGCAGCUGCCAUUAGCUGGUGCUGUGGCGGAAGGGGAGCCCGCCUUGGCUGAUGAGCCAUCAGGGGCUUUGGCGGCGCGGCCGCGUUCGGAGGAAAGCUUGACCCCCAGGCGUGAGACAGAGGUGCUGGCGAUCCAGGACACGUGUCCCAGCAAGCAGGCUUCAGGGUCAAGCAUGGUCUGCGAUCCAGCGGCGAUCUUUGAUAUGGUCUUGAACAAGGAUUACGACAAGAUCCCAGAAGAGGCCUAUCCUGGAUCAUCAUCGUCGCCUGCUCGUACAAGGACACAAUCUUUGGCGAAGAGUGACUCGCCUCCCCAGAAAACAUUUCUGACAGGCCUCAUGCGCAUGAAUGCCUUGACAGAGGAGGACGCGGACACCAUGGCGAGCUUGCAACAGCAUGAGCCUUCGAGCAGUUCCAAGACGAUGAAGCCCAAAGCGAAGGCCAAGACUAAAGGCAAGGCCAAGCUCGCGGUGCUGGUGGACAAGAAGAAGGUUUCGGACAAGAAGCCCGCGGCCUGCAAGGCGACAGCCAAGAAGCCGAAGCUCCUGCAGCUGUGGCUCCUGAAGACGCGGCUCCUGCUGAGGAAGCUUUUGACGUCCCGAGCUUAUCAUGUUACAAGGGACAGAGCGAUUCGCGCUGGCACCGAUCGUGAGAAGGCAACAGAGAUGGGCAGGGAGGCUGCCGGCCAAGUGGCUGCCAAGCUGGAUGCCGAGAAAGCGGCCCUGGAGGUCAGGGCGGAGGAUGAUGGG